AUGGCGCCCAAGAAGAAGACUACGAAGAACAUGCGUCAGACCACUCUGACCGGCAUUGUCAGCUCCUCUCCCCCUCGAGCCGACUCCAAAGCAAAGAAGGUCAAAGGCUCAUCGCGACCCACCCCCACCGCAUCGCAACCCAAACGCGCGCGUACUGCUCAAGCUCUCGGCUCCGACACAGACUCCGACCCCGAUGCCAUUCAAUUUGAGCCUAGGAGGAAAGCAGCGGAGGUCUCAAUCAGCGACUCUUCCGAGGAGGAAGUGCUCGAGCCGAUCACUCCGCGCAAGCGACGACGCGCUCCGGCUGCUCUCAGCGACUCUGACGCUUCCCCUGCUCCAAAGAAGAAGAACAAGACCAAGAAGGGCAGGACGAGCGCGCCGAAGGCCGCGUCGUCUAAGAAGAAACCCAUUCCCAUAUCAUCCUCUGAAGACGAAGCACCCAAACCACCCCCACCCCGCAAGGCCAAAGGGAAGGGCAAGGGCAAGGCGAAACAGCCCGCUGAGGUAUUGUCCGGCGACGAAGAUGAGCCUCCCGUCCGGAAGAGUCGCUUCGUCAAGGGAGAACGACCUCCCACCAAGGAUACCGAUUCCGACAGCCUUCUGGAUGAAGUCGAGGAAGAGCGCAUCAUUGACUCCCGCUUCCGCGAGCGUGGCAAGAAAAGCGCUUUCCAGAAGAACCUUGAGCGACUCAAACGCCGAAAGCAGGGCAAGCCGGAGCUGUCAUCCUCUGAGGAAGAGGAGGAGGAAGAGGGAGAAGAGAGCCCGAAGCCGCGAACCUUCCGUGGCUCGAAGCCUUCGGGCGACUCCCUCUUCGGAUGUGACGAUGAGUCUGAGGCGAGCGAGAGCGGCGCGAGCUUCAUCGUCGAAGAUGACGGCGCUGCGCCAGUGCAACUGCCCGCUGCCUUCAGCCUGGACACCUUCCAGGACCUGGCGCACCAGUUCAAGAAGAUAUUUCAGUUCUUCUGUCAUAUCGCUGUGCAGCCACCAGAUGAGCGUCAUGACUUCAUGGAGCAUGCGCUGAAGAACGAGGAGUACUUCGCUGUGCCACUCAAGAUGUUCAGGCGCAAGCUCAUUGGCCUGCGUGACUCCCUUGUCGCUGGGUCGCUGUGGCGAGCCGACUUCAAGAAAGCGCUCGAGAUCUUUCCCGAGUUCGAGCUCGUGCAAAUGGAGUACGCCGUCCCGGACUGCGACGCCUGCCACAUCAGUACCCGAAUGUCGACGCGCAUCGGUCGACUAGUCGGCUACCCGUAUGACCCGCUGGGCUUCCAGCGCGACUACAGCAGCGUCGCUAUCAAGAGUGAAGACGGUUCCUCCGACUCUGAUGACGACGAUCCCGACGACCCGGACUCCCCCAGCGCCCUCGCCAAGCUUAAGAGGGAGUUCCACCUCGGCAAGUUCUGCGCCAGGCGGACGCGCGUGUUCCAUGAGUUGAUGCACUGGGAGUGGGCCUUGUUUGAGACCGUCCGGCUUGAGGUCGACGACCUGCGACUUGCGAAGCGUGACAAGAAGGGCUAUGUGAAGGUCGCUUUCGAGGGUGGAAAGAAGCCGCCCAAGGAUCCGACCGACGCCGACGCAAUCUGCGAAUGGCUGGAUCAGCGGCAGAUUAUUCAGAUGGAGUGGCGGAAAGUGAAGGACCUGAUGGAAGCGGCGCGCGGGGUGGAGCCAUCAGCCGGCUCGUCUUCGACCACCAACCCCGACUCAGAUACCUCGCAGCUGUUCACCAACUCUGUAACGAACCCGACCUGUCAUCUGCCGCUAAGCGCAAAGGUCUUCGGAAGAAGAUUGGAUCUGCCUGACAGCAGAAUCGGACACGGCUUCCCCUGCGGGACGAGGCGCACCAUGUCAGGGGAACUUUUCGUGCAUGAGCCUUUCGAGGUCUCCCUCUGCGACUGCUGCGAGCACUCCCUGUGCGCGGACUUCGAGGUCCUUACCCCAGGUCCGAAGAAUAAUAUACUGCGCUCCGGACGCGUCCUCUCAGUGGCAGAGGCACAGGUCGUCAAGGAAGCUAUGGCGGUGACGAAAAACAAUAUUCAAGACCUCUGGCACGAAAUCGGGAUCUUGUGGAAUAGGCUGGAGUACAUGAAAGAGGAGGCAGACCGGUGGGAGGAGAUACGCCAGUGUCAGGCCGCCUACCUUGCACCCAUAAGGCGUCUGCCAGUUGAAGUCCUUUCCGAAAUCUUCAAGAUAUGCUGCGGGGAUGGCUCAGCUAUCGACAUCACGAAGCGAUCGUGCCCCCCACUGGUGCUGAGCUCUGUGUGCAAGAUCUGGAGAGAUGUCAUGCAUGAAACACCUGGCAUAUGGGCGGACUUCACGAUCCCUGAAUCCAGCUCGUUGACUAGCCUCAACUUGCCGCCGCAUCUUCUCAAUAGACUCGACCUAUUCCUUGCGAACUCCGGUAACUUACCCUUACGCCACCAUACGGUGCAAUAUUUCGCUCCGAGUAAUACUCUUCCGAUGGAUGGCGCACUUCAGCGACUGUUGCCUCACUCUCAUCGCUGGACCGACAUGAUCAUCCCGAAUGAGGACGACAAUUGCCCAGACGUUAUGAAGUGGUUGAAGGGUCGAUCGUUGAUGUGCUUAUCCAAGAUCACAUCGUGGACCUGGAACCUAGGCAGAGGAGACCCGGGGUACAUCCUCGCUGAGCUGCCAGCACUGCGCUCCGUGGUCCUCAUCGACAUCGACGAAGGGUUCGAAUCGCCACGCCUUCCAUGGGGUCAGAUAGAGGAACUGACCGCGGAGAUGACCACCGACAAAGCGCUCUCCCUUGUGCAUAAUUGCCCCGCUCUGAAGGUGUGGGAUAUGCUCAGCCGGGAUUCGCAGCUCCCGUUGGAACCACUGGACGUGCCCGUCGUACUGCCCCACCUGCACACCUUCCGAGUGAGUAUAGUGUGCGACGAUGAUAUCGCGGUCCUGGAGCGGGUCACAGCGCCCGCUCUGCAGGAGCUACAAAUUUAUUGGAGGGUCUUCAACCCGCGCCCAAGCGGCCAGAUCUGCGCGCUGCUGGACCGGUCAUCCUGUUCCCUACGGCGACUCUAUCUCGACGGUCUGGAGGACACAAGGGACGGCUGGCUCGAGUCCGAUGCGCUGCGGGAACUAGCAACUCUGGACCUACGAAUGGCGAGACUGCAACCGGCCACGCAGGAAUUAUUCGCAUUGCUCGCGCAACGAGACUCAGCAGGUCUUCCCCGCCUGCUCCCUCGUCUGGAGUCGCUCAGCGUGCAGGGCUUGAUCCAAUGUACAGGCGAGACGCUGCUGGAUAUGGUCGAGAUGCGUCGGGACGCAGGGCGACCCCUACAUCGAUUCUCGUUAGGCGAGAUGUCCAUUGGAUACGGUCUCGAUGAAUGGGUAGAGGAACGACUGGCGGAGUCAGUCCCGCACUUCGACAUAAAGCGUGAUUGGUUUUAG